AUGUCUUCUUCCAUCUUGAUGACAGGGCAACCUUGUGCCUUAAGCUCUCCUAUUCCUUAUUUCAACAGGCAGCCACCUGCAUGGAUCCAACAGCUCACGGAGUCGCGUCCACCGUCCAGCGAGACAUCGUCCAUCGAGACAUCGUCCAGCGAGACAUCGUCCAGCGAGACAUCGUUUGAAACCAUCAUUGAAGACGACAAAGAAGCAUUUGAUGUUGAGCUUCCAGCACCCUCCUCAGUUUCAUUUCUUGAGUGGCUCAAUUAUCCGCCUAUCUGGACAGUCGAAAGGAUGGCCAAGAUGCCUGAUGGCAAGUUGUCAUGGGAGCUUGAGCUGCGGCCUGUAGCAUGCCCCUUCAGAGAAGCAAUAGACAUGGAUUUUGAUGGGCUUCUGAACUUCUGCUUCAGCUGCAAGGAGGAAUAUGUGCGGAAAGUGCCUGACAUAUUGCGCCCUCCUCUCUACAAUAUCCGUCGAAUUCCAGGGAAACGGACCCACAGAUUUCUUGAGAAAGUAUACUGGGGCAAGGAGUGCAUGAUUAUAGUGGAAUUCAGGACGUGGGCAUACACCCCUACCCCUUCCCCCAAAGCUUUUCGCUACCCGCGCGUACUAAAAACCAUUCCCAAAUGUCUUUCCAAAACAAAUCUGAAAACUCCUCACUUCAACAACAAGUUCGAAAAAUAUUGCAAUCUCAACUACAUCAAUCGAGUUCAGGCUAUAAGGGAACCUAUAUGA